UAGCGACGUCACGCACAGAUAGAUGCUCUUCCUAAACAUCCUCCACAGUGACCUCGAAUUUAGGAGUUCGUUUUUCUCCUUUACCUUUACUUCUUCCCUGCGAUGUUUGAAGCAGUCAACGAGAAGCUUCCCAGAUCGUCCUUGUAUGUAGCAAUUAGACAGACUUGACAGAUUCAUCGACAGUAAACUAGUAGAUUAAAAUCUUCGUAAUCGCUCGAGGCGACUUCUUGAAGACAUUUUUGAUCUUAAUCUUUUUUAUUCAGCGUUGUUAAGUGCGUCUGACUUAGCCCAGAUAUCGCGCUUAAGCCUGCCACUUACUUAAGCAGAAAAAGUGAGGACCGCAUACUACGGCCCGGAUGACAUGGGGCAUCCACCUCGCCACUCCUCGAGAAAUGAUGGACCGCCAACAUCCUGUCACCCUCCUCCAGAACAAGCUGCCAGCCCGCCUGCGUCUCAUGCGGAGCAUCUGCCCCAGUGGCCGGGGCCACCACCUCCGCUGAUGUUGCGUGGUCAGUACUAUGCAGACUGGUACCAGCACCGGGAAUGGUUCCCUGCACCGCCAGCACCGAGAACAGGGCCUCCGCCACAUGGAGACAUCACGCGAGAGCCUCGGCAUCGAGUUCAACCUCCCUCCGAUGCGCAUGAAGGCCCGUAUCGUUAUAGUUCGUCCGCGCCGCUGAGUUGGACCCGGCGGGUAGAAAACUUGCCUUUUCGCAUGCUGGCCUCGUCGGUAUCCCGGAGUUCGCCGGAUGUAUUCGCAAUGGUUUGCGCCAAGAAAGUCCCGCGGUCACGCUAUUGGUGCUCGAUGUCAUUCGCCGUGAAGGCUUUUUUUUCAACAUCCGCAUUCUUCUCUGCUGCAGCGCCCUCACUUGAGGUUGACGAGUUUACCUCGAGUACCACAAAAACUCUACAUCCCUUGAGCGCAAAGAAAUUGCGGUCGCUGACAGCAGAGGAGUUACGGUCCUUCAACUUAACGGAUGCGGAUGAAGCGCCGGACCUGUGUGGCGACCGACCAGAUUUAUUGAAAAGUUUUGCAGUUCACGAUCACACGGUGAUGUGUCAUCCCAACAAUCCUUGGUGGCAAGGACACGCAGUCGGCAUGGAAUGUCGAUCCUUUUUGAACAGGAACGUUACGAAUAAUCAUGGCGUUGGACUAGGCCAAAUUCCUGUCUCCGCAUGGGCCUUCCACGACCACAACCAGUCCAAAUUUACCUGGAAUGCGGAUUCGGAGCAUGUAUUGCUCACUGCCGCUCGAAACCUCGUGACCAAUUUUUUUGACGAGGGGUCCCGUGAUGAAGCGAGUUCAUCUAAUUUUUCCAGCAGAAAGAGUACUAGUUUUUACGACGCUACUAGGGAUCACACCGUCUAUGAGUCCUUGUACGCGCAGCCGAAUUCCACUGCGUUCUGGGUUAACGCAUACUACGGGGACGUCGUAUCCCCUCGGGGCUAUCCUUACGCGGCUUUUGAUCUUCUGCAAGCUCUUCAUAUCGCUUUUCCACGAGAAGCCUCUGUGUCUGCUACUCCGUCUCCUCAAGACGAUACAGAAGUACUUCUACAAAGUGAAGCAACGGACGCCGGCCCAGCGCUCUUCACUGUUCUCGUGGGAGGGUCGAUUUCGCCGUGGGUCGAAGCGCUACUGCACGCGUUUUUUGAGAAGAGAAGCCCUCCAUCAGGAAAACAAGUCCGAGUUUUUACAUCGGAAUAUGGAGACUCGACUGAAAAGCAGAGCGUCUUAACGACAUUUCUCGACGCCCGCAACCUACAGGAAGAGCUACAGGCGCAUCACUCGCCGAAGUUGGAUCUGAUCAUGUCUUACUCUUCCCUUGAGCACGAUGGACUAGGCAGGUAUUGCGACCCGGUGAAUCCUUUCGGAGAUAUUGCAGCUGUAAAAGAGUGGGCAAAUCUGUUGAAGAAAUCUACAGGCAAGAUCCUAUUGGGAAUCCCCAUACUGUGCGAUAGUGAAGCGAUAAAGAUAUCGACCCGCAUCAGAAAGAGCAUGAUGAACUCAACAGAUGGCGGGGACAGAACAGCAACAGCUUCAUCUAGUGCAACAACUCUUGAGCAGACCAACGCAGAAGAAGAAGGUGGAGCUGCGCCACCAUCUUCCUAUCCUGCCUUUCUCGACAACAACUUUCAUCGGAUGUACACCGCAGACAGCAUUGAAACAAGGAUUCUUCACCCUGCCUUGUUGGAGGUAGUGGAAGUGGGAACGUCAGAUGUCAAGAGGCGCGGAUUUCGAAUACCCCACUUAGAUGUGAAACAGACAUGUCGCGUGGAGGAAACAAAGGCCUCGGAGAAAGAGUUCUCAGACGAGAUGAAGGCGAAGGAGAAGAACAAAUCUGAAGAUGCUAAAAAAAAUGUUUUAAAUUUCUAUCAGACUGAAGCUGUCUUCAUACUACGUCCGCAUCAAGUCUUUCGGGACGACGCGAGUGAAAAAAGAGACUAUAUUAACAUCAAGCAAGAACUUUGAGUCCGAGGAUCAUGUUUCUUGGGCUAUUUCUUUGAUAUUGAUGGCCACUUAGUCGUAAAGUCAUGUGGGAUCAUCUUUACCCUUUGAAAAGUAAGCUAAAUCAUGUAGAAACACAUUGUACAUAAAAUUGCUACUUCGUGUAGUUCUUGCUUGAAAUGAUCUUUUUUUCCUCUUUUCACGACAUCAAGUUGUCUGCAAAUCCAUUACGUUUUGGCAGCCCAUUAAAGACCACUAUGGCGUCGAUCCUCCACUGCGUUGUGUAUUUCGCGAUCGUGAAACUCUUCGUCGUCCAUCCGAGAUUCUAGUUCUACAGAAAAAAAUUGACUUUUGUUAUGCAGU